CAUGGCGAAUGAGAAGUACAGCAGCGAAGGCCCUUCUCAAGAAGGAGGUAACUGUAGCUCACCUUUGGUCUCCAAGGCAUCAGUCGCUCACCUUGGUAAGUUGUUUCGCCUCCAGCAGGACCGGAAGAGAAGGGAAGCAGUGUGAAAACUAAGACUGUCUCUUCCAGCAAGGCAUCAGGAGACAGUCUGCGAAAGCGGCCUGCUCGUGAGCUCGACCCAGAAGAUGAGUCCAAAAGCACAUCAGCUCCACCGAAAAUGUUCAAGCCGGGGUUUAGCUUGACAGCAAAGAAACCUAUGGCCAUCUCUAUCAAGCUGGGAGCAAAUAAACCUAAAGAGCCUCCACCUGCCGUACCUCCCAAGAAAUCUGGACUUGCAUCUGUUUUUAAUGAGGACGAUGAUAGCGAGCCUGAAGAAAUGCCACCUGAGGCAAAGAUGAGGAUGAAGAAUAUUGGCAGAGAAACGCCCACAUCAGCUGGCCCCAAUUCCUUCAACAAAGGAAAGCAGGGAUUCUCAGACCAUCAAAAACUGUGGGAGAGGAAGCUUAAAUCCCACACAGAUCAGUAGUGUCUGCUUGCUUUUUUGGCUUUGUUUUUUUUUGUGUGUGUCUUUGUUUGAUGAACAUUGUACAGAUGUAUAUAUGUAAUGAAUGUUUACGCUAAAACCAUCUUUUUAUCCAUGCUAUGGUUCAAAAAAUGCCUACCUGUGUAGCGUGCAAACAUAGAAAAUUAGCAUAAUCUUUAUCACUGUACAAUAUGGCAUGUGCCACACCAGCCUGUUAUCAUUUACAGCUUAGUUGUUAUCCAGAAAAGGAAUGUGGUGGUGCAGUAAUUUAGAAUUGUUUAAGAUUCAUUCAUGACAAGGAAAAAAAAGUCUAUGAAGUAACUAAUAAAUAAGAUGUGGCAUCCCUUUUAAGAAUGUUUUCCCUCACUCGUCUAGUUGGUGUGUUUGUCAGGUUCUGAAAGCAGAAUUAAAUUAUUUCGUUUUCAAAUUUAAUUUGCUCACCUUUAUGUAAUUUCAAACCUGUAUGCAUUUUGUGGAAAACAUUUAUGCAUUUUUGUUUUGUUUUGUUACUGUGUUAAAUUAAAGGAAAACAGAAACAAUGUGAA